UGGAGGAGGGAGCUAUUUGCAGCAUCAGUUGAUCCCAGCAUCAAUGAUCUUCGCCUGUUUGUGGUUUAUCUCUGAAGAAUUACACCUGACACAUUUUCUGAUGUGCCAUCUUCAGGUCCGCUCGGGAUUUUGAAGUCUGUCGACAACAACGGAAGAGGUGUUGCGCCCACAUGGGCAGCGUUCUGGCUUUGUCUUCCGGUCCGGGCCAUCAGAACUGGCCUUUCUCCACGGACCCCUCUCCUUCUCGCUGGGACGCACAUCCUGCUCACUGGGACAGUCCGCCACGCUGGGAGAGGAGAGAUGGCCGCCUACCCAACCCAGGCAGCUUUCACUCUCUCCACAGGAGCUGCAAAGAUGUGUUUCCUCAACAGAUUGAGGGAAUCAAGAUGAUCCUCAAUAAAACUCUGAGCAGCUUCUUCAAGGUCAGUCAUGCUCUACACCUCAGUGCUGUUAGUCCUUCGUACUAUCGAUUCCACGUGGAGCAUCUGCAGUCUGAUGACUACAGCAAGGACAAGGACGCCCCAGCAUUGAUCGGGGAGAUGGACUCUUCAGGUAGUCUGAACGCUCACGCUCUGCUGCAUCUCACUGAGCGUGUACGAGCCAGAACAGUGUUCCAGACCCAGCAGUCCCAGUUUGUAACAUGGCAGUUUGAAACUGAGUACAGAGGGAACGACUUCACCGCUGCUGUGACAGUAGCCAACCCAGACAUCCUCAGAGAGUCAGUUAUCCUUGUGGCACACUUCCUGCAGAGUGUGUCUUCUGGGCUGGUGUUAGGAGGGGAGCUGGUCUACCAUCGGGGCCGAGCAGAGGAAGGAGGAAUUCUUACUUUGGCUGGACAGUACUCAAGACCAAACUGGGUGGCAACCCUGAAUGCUGGGAAAGGAGGUGCCCAUGCAAGCUACUAUCACAGAGCCAACAAACAGAUCCAAGUUGGGGUGGAGUUCGAAGCCAGUACCAGGACGCAGGAGACCACAACCUCAUUCGGGUACCAGAUGGAACUCCCAGAGGCCAACAUGGUCUUUCGAGGUAUGAUAAACAGUCGGUGCAUAAUAGGAGGUGUGUUGGAGAAGCGCCUGACCCCACUCCCUGCCACCCUGAUCAUGGGUGCCUUUGUAAACCACAGAGGUGACAAGCUGCAAGUGGGCCUAGGCGUCAAUGUGGGGUAAUCCUCCACUAAUCCCCCUGAUGGAAUUACAACUCACUGUCAGGACAGCCAUCCAGAGACCUGCUUCAGGGGCUUCAUAAUGACCUAAUAUUCCAAGGUUUAUCAGCCUCACUUAAACACUUCCAAUAAACUAACUAAGUUUUGUGGACUGUUUGGGUGUUGAAGCCCAAAAUGUUUCCUUAAAUUGAUGCAUCUCUUCUUGCAAACUACCUCUCAAAACUGAGGUGAUGUUUUCUUAUUGGGUGACAAUAGGUUUAAACGGGAAAAAUAGAUGAACAGUUUGAGGGGCUCAACAACUGGUUACUGUCCCCCUAAACCCAGACUACACAUCACCUUCUGGACAAUGGAAACAGACAGGAUAAGGGGCGUACUGUACUGUAAAUAAAUAAAAGUUUUAUACUGUAGGUAGUCAUUGAUAAACUUAAUGUAUAUAGUAUAUUGAGAGAUAGUAGUGUUUUCAUGUUUUAGCCCAUUAACAACAAUUCUUGCAUACCUGACCUUUCUGCCGACCAUUUUCUAAAGCACACCCUUGUUUGUAAACAAAUACAUAAUGUUUCCUAUGUUCCAGGCAGAGAUCGGUUUAUGUUCGUGCCAGUAUCACUUAAAAUCAACUCAAACACAACUGACCAAAUUCACAUUAUUCUUUUCUCACUAUUGUGGAUUUUAUUUAACAUAGCUCACAAACACUUUUUGACAUCUGUCUGCUAAAGCUUGAAUUUGGGGGCUUCGGAUUGCUCAAAUGCACCUACUUGGAUACGGUUUGAAAAGAUUGCAGCCCUCAGCAUUACCACGUGAUACAGAGAAAAAAUGUUGGUUCGGUGGAUCAAUCUAAAAAGGAAUUGGUCGGCAGAAAUGUAACAUGGGUAAUAUUGUGCUAAAAUGCCAGUAUGAUCCUUAAAACUGUGUGUGAGUAAGUGAUUGUGUGUACACCUUUUUCUGCCAUGAGAGUGUGUGAGAGUCUACAUAGCCUGUUGAGUGUAAGAGAAACGGUGCUGCUCCAUAUGUACUAACCUCCAGCUGAGGGAUGUGAGAGUGGCUAUGCACUGACUCUACUGAGCCAGGACUGUACUGUAUAUAUACUGUAUAUAUAUAUAUAUAGAGAGAGAUAUAGAUAUAGAUAGAAACAUUGACCUGUAUGCAACCUGCACUACUCACGCUGCUUCUGGGCAUUUGCAGUCCUGUUUAACAUAAGAAAUGUUGCAUAUAUGUAAAUACAUUAUGUAAUAUAAUAAUCAUAGAGAGAAGUGGAAGGGAAAGACUGACCUUUUGGAAUUAAUUU